AUGAAACGAAACUCAUUGAAAGUUAUUGAAAAUGUGAGGUCAAGAAUAGUUGAUCAACCACCAUUCGAUUCAAAUGAUGGUGUUGAUGAUGGACUUGUUGGAAUUGAUGAGAAAAUAGCAGAUUUUGACUCAUUUCUAGCGAAUAAAUCGGAGGAAGUUCAAUUUGUAGGAAUAUGGGGAAUGGGAGGGUUAGGCAAAACUACUCUUGCUAGAGCUGUUUAUGAGAGAAUACACAGAAACUAUGAAGUUCAUUUAUUUCUUCAUAAUGUUAGAGAGGAAUCUGUAAAAGAUGGUGGUUUAAUUUCACUGCAACAAAAACUUCUUUCCCGUUUGAAAAAAUCAAUCAGAAUGGAAGUGUGUGACUGUUAUGAUGGAAGAAAGCAAAUAAGAAAAAUGUUAUGCAGUAAAAAAGUUCUACUUGUCCUUGAUGAUGUGAGUGACAUAAGCCAACUUGAGAAUUUGGCGGGAAAGGAAGGAUGGUUUGGCGAAGGGAGUAGAAUAAUAAUAACAACUAGAGAUCAACAUGUGUUAUUGUUGCAUGGUGUAGUUUCUCAAUAUGAAAUGAAUUUCUUAAGUCGCGAUGAAUCCCUUCAACUUUUUAUUCAAAUAGCUUUCAAAAGAGAUCAGCCAAAUGAAGAUUAUUUGGAGCUUUCUAGAAGGGCGAUUAAUUCUGCUCAAAACCUUCCUUUGGCAAUCAAAGUGCUUGGUUCAUUUCUUUGUGGAAGAAGCAUACCAGAAUGGGAGAAUGCACUCAAGAAGAUUCCUUUAGAUGGCCUUUUUGAUAUACUUAAAGUGAGCUUUGAUGGACUGCGAUCUAAUGAGAAGAAAAUAUUCUUAGACAUUGCUUGCUUUUUCAAUGGCUUGCGCAAGGUUGAUGUCAUACAGAUUUUAGAAAAUAGUGGUCUUGACCCGGUAAUCGGACUAAGAACUCUUAUUCAGAAAUCAUUGGUAACUGAAGCUGAAGGGUGCUUGAGGGUGCAUGAUAGGCUUCAAGAAAUGGGCAAGGAAAUUGUCUUUCGGGAAUCACCCAUUGAUGCUGGCAAUCGUAGUAGGAUAUGGUCCUCGGAGGAUGCUAGUCUUGUGCUUAGAAAUAUGAGGGGAACUGAAGCAAUACGUGGUAUAGUGGUACAAUUUGACAAAGCAGAUGUCAUAUAUUUGGACCCUAAAGCCUUCUCAAAUAUGAGUAAUCUCAAGUUACUUAUCAUAUCACAUUCUUCAGAUGACCAAUUGAAUCUUCUUCAUGGACUUAACUGUCUUCCCAAUUCACUGAAAGUCAUAGAUUGGAAGGAGUAUCCUUUAGAUUCCCUUCCAGGUCAAACUCAAUUUGAUGAACUUGUUGAUCUCAAAAUGCAACGCAGCAAAUUAAAGGAACUUUGGAGAGGAGAUCAGUUUCCACAAAGUCUAAAGUUCAUUGAUUUGAGUCAUUCAACAAACCUGAUGAGAACAUCAAAUUUUGAUAGAACUCCUAAUCUUCAAAGCUUAAUUCUUGAAGGGUGUACAAAGCUUGUUGAAGUUCACUGCUCUCUCGGGCAACACAAGAAUCUUGUCAUUGUUAAUUUUAAAGGUUGCAAAAGUAUUAAAAAACUUCCAACCAAAUUGGAGAUGAAUUGCUUAGAGACAUUUAUUCUCUCUGGUUGUUCAAAAGUUAAGAGGCUUCCUGAGUUUGGAAAAGGUAUGACAUGUUUAUCAGAGCUUAAUCUAAAAGGGACUGCUAUAUCCAAGCUACCUCAAUCAUUGGUCAAUUUGACUGGCCUUGCUAUAUUAAAUUUAGAGUAUUGCAAAAACCUGGUAUGUCUUCCAAGUGAUUUUAAAAAAUUGAAAGCUAUCAAGGAGAUCAAUAUUCGUGGUUGCUCAAAGUUCUCAAGGCUUCCAGAGAAUUUGAAUGAAAAUGAGGCAUUGGAGGAGCUUGAUGUGAGUGGAACCGCUCUAAAAGAAGUGCCUUCGUCCCUCAAUAAUUUGAAAGCAUCAUCUCUUAGUGCAUGCAAUGCUUCUGCACAAUCAUCCUCAUGGAGUCACUCCUCCCUUCUCAAGCGGGCAUUUAGACUUCAAAGGCCUUCAAGUUCAACUAAGUUUUUGUGGUCUCCAUCUUUUUCAAAUCUGUCAUCUUUGGUCCAGUUACAUUUAAAUUAUUGCAAUCUUGAUGAUGAAUCACUAUUCAGUGAAAUAGGCAAUUUAUCAUCAUUGACAACAUUAGGUUUGCGUGGAAAUAAUUUUGUUGAAAUUCCUUUGAGCUUCGUUUCCAAACUUCGAAAGCUUGAAUUUAUUUAUUUGGAUGAUUGCCAAAGGCUUCGGUCUUUGCCUCAACUUCCAGCAAACCUGUCAAUGAUAUGUGCUAGUGAUUGUCCAUUAUUGAAACAUUAUGUGUGUUCGCAACAACUAUGGGAAUUCACUGAGGAAUUUGAAUAUCAGACUCCAUGCCGAUUUGAAGUUUCAUUAGGAGAUGGAGAUAAAGUUUACAAUUUCAAUGACGGGAUGUCUGGUAUUGUGAGUUGGAACAAUUCACAAGUUGAUGACUUCUUCCUGCAACCGACUCGCAUAUUAACUAUUCCUGGUAGAAAAGUGCCAUCAUGGUUUCACAAUCAGAGCUAUUUUUGCGCGAAAGAUCUCCCAUUUUGGUAUACUCCAACAAAUGUGUCAUUCAUAGUAAAUAAGCCUGAUUCAUGCUGUUCAAGUGAAUGGUGGGGCAUAGCUGUAUGCUUAGUGCUAGAAAAUGAUUUGCAACGCGCAAACUAUGAUGAUCAUGCCCUACUUAGUUGGACUUAUAGAGUUUCUGAAGGUGAAUAUCCAAAUUCAUUCCGUCUUUACGGCACUUGGGCGCAGUCCAGAUUUCGCCACCAACUAUGUAUCAUUUACAUUCGUUUUUCCUCAUUUGUUGUGGAAAAACCACUUCAAAUGGUUUUUUUCAUGGCGAAGAAACCGGAGGAGUCACCUUUGAAAAUAGUGCAGUGUGGGUGGCGUGUGUUGUGUAAAGAGGAUGUUGAGAGACGGCGAAACACAAGUAGUGACGAAGGCUGGAGUGUCAGCACUACUGAUGAUAAGUUCAUUGAUGAAUGUAGAUGA